CUAUUUUUGUCCCACAGGCUUCAUUAAAAUUGUCAAGAUGCCUGACAAGCCGCCUGAGAGGAAAUCUAAAAUCUCAGCUUCUCGUAAGCUCAUGCUAAAGAGCUUGAUGGUUGCAAAGGCCAAAGAGGAGCUGGAGCAGGAGUUGGUGGAAAAAGAGGAGCAGAAAGAAAAAUACCUGGAAGAAAAAGUUCCUCCGAUUCAGAUCAGUGGCAUGUCAGCAACAGAGCUGAAGGCACUGUGUGAAGAGCUGCAUGCCAAGUUAGACGUGGUGGAUGAAGAGCGAUAUGAUAUCGAAGCCAAGGUCUUACACAACACCAGAGAGAUCAAAGACCUGAACAUCAAGGUGCUGGACUUACGAGGGAAGUUCAAGAGGCCCAAUUUGAGAAGAGUCAGGGUCUCUGCCGACGCCAUCCUGCGCUCUCUGCUCGGCUCCAAACACAAAGUGUCRAUGGAUCUCAGAGCUAACCUCAAAUCUGUCAAGAAGGAGGACACAGAGAAGGAAAAGACGGUGGAGGUGAGUGAUUGGAGGAAGAACGUCGAGGCCAUGUCAGGCAUGGAAGGCCGCAAAAAGAUGUUCGACGCUGCCAAAGGCCAAGCCCAGUGAAAACAACGCAAACAGCUGGCUUUUAAUUUGUUAAACACUUUCACCUUUAAUCCACUGUGUUGAAAAACUUCCCAACAUCUCGACUUUCACAUUGAGUUUUUCUUUUUUCUACAAACKGUAGCUGAUUGAAAUAAACAUAWUAUGUUCUGUUUU